GUACAGAUCCAGAAUCUGCUUUUUUUCCGCAAUAUUUUCGUUCAGGUUAGAAAGUGGGGAAGGACUUGUAAGUAUUUUUAAAUUGCUUCCAAAUUAGUAUAUUACCUAUUUAUCGAGUUACAAUAUCACAAACAAAACGGUUUUUUCCAAUACCAUCACUGUUAUCUUCCACUACCUACAUUACUUGCCGAUAAUUUAUCCGGAUUCUUCCCUUGUAAAAUUUCACUUGCCUGAUUAGUAACCAACUUAAAUCGUGUAACUAACAGAAAGUAGGUACUGAUGAUAAAGAAAUUGUUGAUUUUAUAAAUUCACAAUUGCACAAUGGCAAUUGACAAUAUUAAUGUUUUUAGAUGCAGGGACUGUCUUCCCAAUUUGAUUCCUCUCUUAAGGCUUUAAUAAUUUCUGUUAACAAAUAUUUAAAUUGUAGAACACUGUCAUGCAUUUUCAUCCAUCGUGUUUCGCAUAGUUUCACAAAAGAGCUUUUAAAGUAUUUUUUUAAAACAAAAUUAUCAUUUAUUAAGUUUCAAGUUAUAUUUAUGACUUAUGAAUUGCAUAUGCAUUAUAUCAAUGGCGUUUUAGUUGAACUAACAAAACAAUGCCAUAGGGGGGAGGGAGCGAUCGCCACAUCGCUAAACUCUUUAUUAUUUUUUAUUCAAAUUUUAAAUAUCUUACAAAUCUUUUAGAGUUCGUACAGCAGAAUGCAGAUACAAUUAGCCAUGAUAGGUACCUACGUAUUAAUAAUAAAUAUAUUUAGUAGAUAUUUUGUUUUUCAUUAUUAAGUAUUAACAAUUGUAAUUCUAAUUUUCAUGAUUAUAAAAUAAUAUUCUAAGUUCGAUAAAAUAAGGCGAUUACAUACUAUGGAUACUAUAUCAAUAUCUGUGAUACCUAAACCAAGGACUAAGACCUACACACAAAUAUAAUCUAUACUAAUAUUAAAAUAUUAACAACCCAACAAUUAUUACCACUUCAUGAAUAUACUCCGGUAGGUAAUGAUAUUUAUACGGAUGGCAAUGAUUUGGAACAACUACUAUAAUUUUGUGAUUUUUAAAAAUCACUAAAACACCAAUGUUACAAUAGAUACAUAUACUUUUGAGAUUGUAUUCCGAAAAUAUUUAUUCCAACGCCAUUGAUUCCAUAAAACACAAUUUCCAAUUCAAUAUUCAUGCAUGUUCCAAAAUAUAUUUUUUUUAAUGACCAUUUAUUCCACAUGACACUUGUUCCAAUAGAUUUUUGUUCACAAAAGAGUGUGGAACAAAUAACGAUUGGAAUAUUUUUCUGUGAAACGAGCUAGUUCCCCUAUUAUGUUAGUGAUAUAUAUCGAUUAUUUUUAUUGUUUGGUAGAACGCUGUGAUAUCACUGUGCAUUAUCAUCAUGGAUAAUGUUAUCUAUGGUAAUCAACAUGUACUACGAUCUCCUUGUUUUUCAUGAUCAUGUGAUUUUAGCGUCGCUUUACAAAACAAACCGUUGCUUUACAAAACAAACCGUUGCUCGUUUGUUAACCGUCGGGUCGAAUAUCUCAGUAAGUAUAUAAUAGGUACUUAUUUCCUAUGCCAGUACACACUGUAAAAUACACUGAUCAGCGUCUUUUAAGUAUGCAACUUGGUAUUCCUGAGUUCCGAUUGGUGUGUGUGUGUGUGUGCGUUUCACAGUUUUGGCUAGUGUUCCAUUUGCCGUGAAAUAUCUGAAGUGUAUGUACUUACCAAGUUUAGUGACAACAAUAAGUUAAUAUUCUUCAGUUUUAUAGGUAAGUAAUAUAUGAAUAAAUAACUAUACAGUAGGUAAUGGCACAAUUGAAGAUGUACCUAUAAUCUUUAAUCAUGGGUAAUAGUAGGCGCGUUGCCUAAAUAGCCAAAUAUGUAUCGCUUAAACUAGAAAUUACUAAUGUGUAUGGCGUCAACAGUUUUUUGGUCGUUUUGGACUCGUCCGGUGUGAAUAAACUGGCGGCCGGAAAUUCUUGGCCAUUUUGUGUAAGGUGGACUGUACACUGAGGACAUUAAUUUUGUGUUACCGGUUUCAAGAUACUUGGUACAACUGAAGUUUUAUAUAAUAUUAAUUGCCAAAAGAUAGAUAUCCGAAUACUAGAUUUUAUGAAACUCAACUUUGACACAGUUGAACUACUGCAAAAAUCAUGAUUUUAAUUUUAUUGCUUAAGUAUCACCAGCUGGUUAGAAAUAUUGAUAAUUUUGUUUUAUAAUGUAUUAAUAUAUUAUUUUAUUCGUGUUUUGGCUCCAGUUAUUGAGUCAAUGGAAUUUUACAAAUAAUUAACCGUGUUAUGGAUAGAUCCGUGUGCAUUUAAAGUUUAGUAUGCAUGUCAUUUAUCGGAAUAUAUAGUAGUAUUUUGUACUACUUCAUUUAAUAUAAUUGGUAAUAAGGUAUUCCUAUCUCGCUUUUCUACUUUGUUAACCCUACUUUUUAAAACAUCAUCAUGCCUGCAAAGUAAACCAAAAAUCCAUGGCCCUUGAAUUUGUUGUCCAUAAUUUGUAUUAUUUAGGUACUACAUCAUGUCCAUCUGAGCGAUCUUCAUUUUUGUCUGAUUUGCAAUCUUCAAGACGUAAUCAUCUACGAUAAUAUUUUCUUCUACCUUGGAACAAGGAUUCAUCUAUAUUCUAUUUGCACAAUUAUACCAGGGCCUUUCUUUUUCUCAUAGUUUUGAAAAUCAACUAUUGCUACUUCUCGACAUUAAUUGUACCAGUCGAUUAUAUUUGGUCUUAAUCUUUUUAAAAUACCCAAUACCAAACAAGUUCUACAAUAUCGUACAAAUUUAAACCACUAGUAUCUAGACUAGUAUAUUUCCCAUUUUUAUCCUUAAAUGUAAAAAAAUAUAUUUUUUGCAUAUCAAGUAAAAUGUUUGGCACCUUUUUUAAGUGCUUGCAAAAAUAUGGGUUUCAAAAUAUAUCCUUUUGAAUUUUAUUUCCUACUAUAUUUAAGAAUUUCUUUCAAUUCAUUAACACAAAUUGUUUGAUUUUUAAUUUUAGUACGUGUUUGUUCAUAAGGUAAUAAAUUAAGAUUUUUUAAAAAAACUUAUAAACAUUUCUUCGUUUUGAAUGUCGGUACAAAUAAUUCAUGUUUGAAGAAACAUUCAUAUUAAUAAUUACAAAAUAAUAAUACUCGUAAUUUAAUAACACAAAUAACCAUAAUUAAACCGCAUAUAAUCGACACUCCUCACAAAUACAAACUAAUUUCACUUUUGUUGUUAAAAUUCUAAUCUUAAUUUCAAAAUUAUUAAGUUUAUACAGAUAAAUAAGUAUAAUAGAUAGCACACUAAACCACUAAACGUGUUGAUUAAUUCUAAAAUAUUAUAUUUUUCAAGAUGAAUUCAAAUUUUACAAAAAUGUUUAAAUUAUAUAUGAUAGGUAACUUUGGAUUUUACCAAUGGAUUAAAUAACAACAGUAUUAUGGGCAAUAUAGCAAAAGUGUGUUUUUAUACAUCCAAUAGUACUAAGGAUCUAAUUGACCUAAAACAAAAAUUAUUUCAUCGAAUUAAAGAUGAAAACAUUCGCUGUGUUUUCAGAAGGGUAUUUUUUAAAUUUAUUAUACAAUUUUUCUAUAAGAUUAUAAAAUAAACAAAUUUAAGUUUGAAAUAUGAAUAAUUUGGGAAAUAAAUAUCGAAAAAUUAAUAACGAUCUUUAAUCUGUUGAAAUAAUUUUUGUUUUUGAUCUAUUCAAUCCUGAGAACUAUUGGAAAAUACAUUUUUUUUUAUAGAGUGGUUCAUUAAACUUUUCAAAACAAUUUUUUUUAAUUUUUCUAGAAACAUACAACUCUAACAUUUUACAUUACUAUUAUUUUUUUGUUACCCUUAAUCUCGAGAUUCUAACUACUAUGGUAGAGGAAUAUUAGUGGAGUAUCCCUUUACCCUAACUUAAACGUGGAAUAUCUCAUUAACACCACAAUUUAUUUCAACUAAUAUUUUAUCUAUUUAUUGAACUUUCAAUAUUAAUUGCCAUUUGAAAAUCGAAAGUAGGUAAUCCCUAACAUUAAUGGUAAUGUAACAUUUUAGGACUAUCUUGUCGUUUGCGCUCUAUUAUUUUUUACCAUUCUACAGCAAUAUUUAGACAAUUUUUUAUGUUCUGGAUAAUGUUAAAGUGUUUUGUUGUGUUAGUAUGAUUAAAAAUGAUUAUAUAUUAUCAAAAUUGUUAUUAAUUAUCAUUAAUAAUUGGAAAAAUAAUAUUGUAACAUUAUUUUUCUUCUUUUUCUUUCUUGGUUUUGGCCAUUCAAGACCAUACCUCUAGAUAAACAUACUGCCACCUAUCCCUAUCCUCUGCUACUUCCUGCCAAUGACACUCCGGCUCCACUGUUUCAGUGUCUCUCCUUACGCAUUCCUCCCAUCUUAGACGCGGUCUUCCAAGAGGUCUCCUCCCUACUGGGUUNGAAAAAGGGAUUGCAGUUCUUCAUUGUGUAAUUUCCUCCAUUCAUUUGUGAGAACAUCAUAGUAUGCCCCAUAAAUUUUCCUGAGUACUUUUCUCUCAAAUACUGCAAUUCUUCAUUCUUCAGUCUUUCUCAGAGGCCAUGUUUCUGCUCCGUACAGGACAAUUGGCCUUAGCAAAGUUAAGUACAUUCUAAUUUUUAAAUUCUUAGAGAUUGCUCUUGAUCUAAAAAUUUUACUAAAUCCAAAGAAACAUUUACUAGCUUAUUGUAAUCUUAUUGAAAUUUCUGUUUUAAUGUCGUUUUCUUGAGUUAUAAUUGACCCUAAGUAUACAACAAAAUACACUUCUUCGUUAUUGUCUCACAAGCUGAAUGCCCAUGGUCCAUGAAGUCGUCUUCCGUAAUUCCUAGCUCCUAAACUAACUGAUUUUUAAUUUUUUAUAAUAUCUUAAAAUUUAGAGCUAUAAUCAUAAUUGUUGCUCAGACAAAGAUAGCCCAUUUUAGAGCUGCUUAUUUUUGAACUAUUAAAAAUAUAUAAAGGUCAAUACUUAGUGAAAUAAUGAAUGUUUUAAGUUGAAUUAAUCAAUUUGUAUAUUGCCUGUGGUAUAGACACCUGUAAAUGUUACUGUGAGUUAAAUUCUGUAAAAAUUAUUUAUAAUUUUUUUUUUUUUAUGUCAGGUGUGACUUAAUUCAGUUGAUUGUACAAUUCUGAACAAGGACAAUGCCAAACCUGAGUCCAGUAGUGAUCUUUAAGGGAACAAGAUUACAAUUGAACUUUGAUACUCCACUUGAAGGACACAGGGAUCUAUUUGGUGAACUCAUAUCACCAACUGCAUAUGCAAAUACAUCAAAUGCCAAGAAAUCUUCAAAAAGAAAGACUCCAGUGUCAAAAAGAAAGACUCCAGUGUCAAAAAAAAAGAAAUCUGAAGAUGUCAUGUUAUUUACUCCAAGAGUUAGAACUCGGAGAAUUGCAGAAACAGUGACAAGUGCACAAGCAGCAAAAAAUACAGAAACAGUGACAAGUGCACAAGCAGCAAAAAAUACACAAACAGUGACAAGUGCACAAGCAGCAAACAAUACACAAACAGUGACAAGUGCACAAGCAGCAAACAAUACACAAACAGUGACAAGUGUACAAGCAGCAAAAAAUACACAAACAGAAUUGAACUCUGUGAUAGCUAUUAAUAAAAGUAGUUCGACAAGAAUGCAAGCAGCAAAAAAUACAGAAACAGUGACAAGUGCACAAGCAGCAAAAAAUACACAAACAGUGACAAGAAUGCAAGCAGCAAAAAAUACAGAAACAGUGACAAGUGUACAAGCAGCAAAAAAUACACAAACAGAAUUGAACUCUGUGAUAGCUAUUAAUAAAAGUAGUUCGAGUAACAAUUUAGUUGUAUCAAAGGACUCACUUAAUGUUAGUGGAGUACAAUGUUUACCAAGUAGUCCUCAACCGAGUAAAAUCAAUAUGACAGAACCGGGAGAAAACCCUUUCACUUUUAAAGGUAAAUUUGUUAUUAACUAAUGACUACCAUUUAACCUACCAAUCAAUUUUUAUAAUUUUAUAUUAUCUCUCCAUUCCUCAUUCAAAAAAUUUACUAAUAUUGUAUACAUUUAUUUUUAUCAUAAGUCAUAUUAUUAUUACAGAGAUCAUUGUUAUUGGUCAAUUUUGAAUUUGUCCUAAUAUUUCCAAAACUAAUUUCUUUAUAAAAUUAAAUAUAGACAAUGUUAUAUAAUAUUUUCAUAGAUUUUAUAUUAUUAUAAUUUUAUAUCUAUACUAUUAUAUUAUAAUAAUUUUACAUUGGUAAAAAUAAUUGUCAAGAUUGUAAACUUUUAAUAUUUAACUAUGACUAGUGGCAAAUUUUAAAUAUCAUACAUCAUAAUAUAUUCAUAUUCAUAAUCAUAAUAUAUUAUUCUACAAUAAUAAAUGAAUAUUGUUAAAAAUUACAUUUUCAAAAUCUUUCUGAAAAAAAAAUUUCUCUAAAGUAUAAAUAUAAAUUAUUCAAAAACAAGUAGUACAAUGAUUUAUUAGAAUUCCGAUGUAUGUUUUUUUAGAAUUAAAAUGUUGAUCGUAUCAAUUGUAAACUAAUUGAUAUGAUAGUAGUAAAUGAUUUUUUUUUUUUUAGACUAACAUUGUAUACUAUAAUAGUAUACAACAGUGCUUUGUACUUAUUCUUAAGUAUUCUUAUGUUUAAGGUGUUAAUGCAUUUGUUGAUUAUAAAAUGGAUGAUGAUCGCAGUGGCAGGGGCGUAAAGCAUUAUAUUGCUCAUCUAGGUGGUAGAGUUGAAAAAACAUUUAAUCGCAAAGUAAAUAAGUGAUUUCAAAUGUAAUAUGAUUAAAUAUAUUUAUACUGUCUAAUUUGUUUAAAGGUAACACAUGUAGUAUUUCGUGAUGGGUAUACUAAAACAUAUACUACAGCGAUGGAACGUAAAAUCCCACUUGUCUCUGCAAGGUGGGUGCAAACUAGCAUGAAUGCUAAUACAUUAAUGGAUCCUGUUGACUUUCCGCCUAUUAAUAUGCACAAAUAUUCAAUGCCACAGGAGGAAUAUAAAUAUAAAUAUAAAUUUAAUGCAAAAGUAAUUAUAUUUAUAUACUAACCUAUCCGUUUGAAUUAUAAAUGGACUUAUUGUAUAGAAAUAUUAUUCAUGAAUAUGUUUAUUUUGUUUUCAGAGAAUGAAAAUGUUUGACUCAAUUUUUAUCCCAGGUGAAAAAGAGAGAGACGAGGCAUACAUAGCUGAAUGUGUAGAAUUUUUAAAAAAAUAUAAAUCCACUUCUAAAAUAGAUGUCUGUGAAGAAAUUAAAAAAAAACCCACAGCUGUUAAAACUUCAAAAAGACGCAAAUCUACCAAAAAAGAAGUAAAUAUUUCUGAAUUUGAUGAAACAACAACUACUACUGUUGAAACUCCAGAAAUUAUCAAAAGAGUAAGUAUCUCUGAAUUAAACAAUAAAACUAGUCAUGAUUUAUGUUUUGUCUCAGUUUUUUCCAACCAUCUUAUUAUUGAUCCACAUAUUUAAUCUUUAGGCCUUUUAGGUUAAACAAAAAUAUGAUCAUGUUAUAUACCUAAUUAUAUUAGGUUAUAUUAAUAUAAUUUUUUUUUUUUUUAAAUUUUAUUAGUUGAUAUUUUAUCCAUGUAAGCUUAAUAUGACCUUCAAAAUGAUUGGUUGGAAAAACUGUUUUGAUCUAUUAUUUCAAAAAUUCACUGCUACAGCUUAAUAAUGAUCGUUAUUUGUUAGCUUUUAAAAUUACUUCGAACCUUAUAAAGCCUUAGAGUGUAACUAUAACAAAUAAUUGUUAAUAUCAUUUUUUUGUUUUAUAGCCUUCUUCUAUGACAAAAUCACCAAUGCCAACAGGUAUUAUAAAUGUAUUGGGAAGUCAUAUAGUUGAUGUUUUAAAUAGUGGCCGCCCGAUACCAGAAGAAAAAGAUAAUGUACUCUUUCCAGUGCCAAUAACAUUAUUAAGAAAAGUACUUACACCAAAUGAAGAUGAAGUAAGACCAUCCGAUGUAGUCAAUAGUGAGUUGGGAGAAAUUGAAGAUCAUCUAAAAUUGACAUAUGCAAAUAGAAAACUGUUACGUAAACUAUUAUUUCCUUCUACAUAUCCAGAAUUACAGGAUAUUGGCAUCGACAAUGAUUUACCACUUCAAUAAGAAUGCUAUAUUCACAAAAUUUUUAUUUUAAAUUUUGUAUUUCAAUUGGCAUCACAUUGCCAAUUGAAUUAAUCAUGCAUUUAUACGUAAACCAGUGCCAAAUUCUAAGUAUAUCACAUAAAAGUUUUUAAUUUUGGGAAACCUAGUACAAGCAUUAAAAUUACUGGUAUUUUAACAUUUAAAAUAGUAAUAUUAAAACUAUAGGCUUCUAUUCAUAACUUUUUAUUUAUUAAACAAUAUUUCUACAAGGAAAAUAUUUAUAUUCUAUUUUAAUUUAUUAAUCUUUAUAUAAAAAUUGAAUGUAUUAUAUCUUUUACAAAAAUAACCACAUAGAAAAAAUAGUAAAUUUAUUACAUUAGAUUCCUUUAUUUGCUUGGUUAAAAUAUAAUUUUACAAAACAUACUAUAAUACAUUUUAUAAAUAAAUGAUGGGAUUUAAGUUAAUCAUCUUACAAAAGUCAUCAGAAAACAUUUAAUUUAAUAUAGGUUACAUUUCAUUGUACUAUAUUGUUUACUUAAAUUAUAACUAUUUAAGUAUUUAAUUGUCAUUUAAAUUAUUUUAUUUUAUUUUUUCUUAUUAUUAUUAUUAAACUUAAAAAUGUGUGUAAUCUUACUGAUUUGAAUGUAGAAUUUUGUACGCGAAAAAUUAAUAUACUUUAGUCUAUGUAGUUUGUAUAUAUACAAAUAUAUAUUUAUUUGUAGUAUAUAUCAAUAUUAAAUAGACUAAGAAUUUGUGGUUUAAUCAUCUUUAAAUCGAUCAUUUUAGUAGGAUUUGAACUGUCAUUUUGCAUUAUGUAUAAAAAUAAUACAAUUGUUAAUUAGAACUAUAGGCAAUUUCGCCAAUUACAUUAAUUUAACAAUCUAAACAAAGACAUCACAAGUCUUGACUAUAUUAAUUAAGUAUUCUAAUAUUAAUUAAUUUUGCAAUUUAAAAAUGCUUUUUUUUAAUAUUAUCAGGAUUCAAAUGUAGAUUUGACAAUGUUGUACUUUAAAAAUAUAAAUAAAAUAUGUUUGAGUCCUUUAGAUUUAGUUAAUCUCAUAUUUAUAUACAUACUAUUUUAGACUAAGAAGCUGUGGUUUUAGUAGUAUUUAAACCACCAUUUAACAUUAUAAUUAUGUAAAUAAUAGAAUUCUAAAAUUUAAAUUAAGAACAAUUUGCCCAUUAAAUCAACUUAAGUCUUAGAAUUUUUAUUAUUUUAUACUUUUUUUUUUUUUUUUUUUAAUGUUAUUAUCAAUCAAUUAAUUUUUCACUGCUUAUAUGAAAUAAAACUUUUGCUUUAAUAUUUCUUGCAAUUUGUAUUUUUCUGAUUAUGAUAUUAUUUAACUCUUAAGUUUUCAAUUAUGUUCAUACACUUAAAGUUCUUAAUUGUUUCUUAUUUAGAAACUUUAACCUCAAGAUAGAAAUAUUACCAGUAUUUUUCAUAUUUAAAUAAAACACCC